AUGAACCUUGGUCCAAUUCUUGCUACAAUGAGGCUGGUUGUUAUUGUGGGAUGUUUUUUGGCCCUGAUUCUGGAGAUUUCUGCUCAGGUACCCCCGGAUUGUGUUGGCAGUCCAACAAACAGACCCCCAGAAAACUCAGACAUGAUGGUGAACUGCGACACAAUGGACAUGGAAGUCAGCAUCUACCUCUGCCCGGUGUACAACGCUCAAUACAACGAGUCUCUGAUGGUCCUCAAUAACCAGGUUGGCAGUGCGGAAUGUUACGGGACGCCCGACUGGACUGCCACGCCUCCGGUUCUCAGAUUCAGAUUCCCACUCAAUGGAAGCACCUUCUCUGCCUGCCACCACAAGCUCAGGACAACCAGCACGGUUGGGACGGGAGCUUUCGCAGCCUUUUCAGACGUCCCCUUUGUCAACAUCUCCGGCACCAUCAACUCCGUGGACCCCUCAGCCGGCCAGAUCACCUACCGCGAGCAAGUCAUGUACAAGUACUCCUGCAACUACCCCAUGCAGUAUCUGCUCAACAACACCGAGCUGGCUGUAUCGGGUGUAAAGCUGGCGAUAAAAGACAACAAUGGCAGCUUCAUCACCACUCUGAGAAUGCUUCUCUACGCAACAAGUGAUCACAGCACACCUCUAAUCAUCCCGCUCUAUGGACUCGACCUGAAGACCAAGAUUUAUGUUGCAGUGAAAGCCACAAAACUCACAGACAGGUUCCACCUGCUGCUGGACAGAUGCUACGCAACAACUACUCCAUAUCCGACGGAAAAGAACCACUACGACCUUUUCGUGGGGUGUCCGAGUGACGCGCAGACGAAAAUUGAGAAGAACGGGGAGGCGCAGGAGGCACACUUCUCCUUCGAGGCCUUCAGAUUUGUGGAGCACAAAAACCAGACCGUUUCCAUUUUCUACCUGCACUGCACCACCAGACUCUGUGAGGUGGACAAAUGCAGCUCCCUGAAGCCAGAUUGUCAAAGCCCAGCUUCACAGAGGGUUAGAAGAGAGGCCCCCAGUGAAGAAGAGGAAGAUGAAGAUGAAGAAGUACCAUCGGAGGCGACCAUCUCCUCUGGACCUAUAGGUGUGGGCAGACAGAAUAUAGUGGAGACUGAAGCUUCCUCAGCCAGCCAUGAAUCAUCGCACGAGGACAGCUACAGCGGGCCUGUGGUGGCGGUGAUCGUUUGUCUCACCAUAAUUGCCAUCUUCAUCACCGGCCUGACCAUUUAUCUGGUGUUGUACAUGAGGCGGGAAAAGAAAGCCUCCUCAUAA